AUGAAGCUUCUUCUCUUCACAUUUGUUGGUGCUCACCUUUUAGCCUUGAACUCUGGCAAAGCUAUAUACAGGAAUGACAACUCGCAGAGGACUUUCGAAGAAAUAAGAGAAGAAAUAGCCCGCUAUGGAGAUGUUGCUAAAGCGAUCAUAGACCUUGCUGUUUAUGGCAAAGCUCAGAACAGAUCCUAUGAGCGAUUGGCUCUGCUGGUUGAUACUGUUGGAUCCAGAUUAAGUGGCUCCAAGAGUCUAGAAAAAGCCAUUCAAAUCAUGUACCAAAACCUGAAGGAGGAUGGGCUGGAGAAUGUCCACCUGGAGCCAGUCAAAAUACCCCACUGGGAAAGGGGAGAAGAAUCCGCUGUGAUGCUGGAGCCAAGGAUGCAGAAGAUGGCUAUUUUGGGCCUUGGAAGCAGUAUUGGGACCCCUCCAGAAGGCAUUACAGCAGAAGUUCUGGUGGUGACCUCGUUCGAUGAACUGCAGAGAAGGGCCCCAGAAGCAAGAGGGAAGAUUGUUGUUUACAAUCAGCCUUAUGCCAACUACUCCACCACAGUGAAAUACCGAACCCAGGGGGCAGUGGAAGCUGCCAAAGUGGGGGCUUUGGCAUCCCUCAUUCGAUCGGUGGCUUCCUUCUCCAUUUACAGUCCUCACACAGGUAUUCAGGAAUACCAGGAUGGCGUGCCGCAGAUCCCAACCGCCUGCAUUACAGUGGAAGAUGCAGAAAUGAUGUCAAGAAUGGUUUCUCGUGGGAACAGAAUUGUCAUUCAGCUGAAGAUGGGGGCAAAGAACUAUCCAGAUGUUGACUCCUUCAACACUGUAGCAGAGAUCAUUGGUAGCAAGUAUCCAGAGCAGGUUGUCCUGGUCAGUGGACAUCUGGACAGCUGGGACGUUGGGCAGGGUGCCAUGGAUGAUGGUGGUGGAGCCUUUAUAUCAUGGGAAGCACUCUCCCUUAUUCAAGAUCUCGGGCUGCGUCCAAAGAGGACUCUACGAUUGGUGCUCUGGACCGCGGAGGAGCAGGGUGGAGUUGGUGCUCUCCAAUAUUACCAGUUACACAAGGCAAAUAUUUCCAACUACAGCCUGGUGAUGGAGUCUGAUGCAGGAACCUUCUUACCCUCUGGGCUGCAAUUCACUGGCAGCGACAAGGCCAGAGCCAUCAUGAAGGAGGUCAUGAGGCUGCUGCAGCCCAUCAAUGUCACACAGGUCUUCGGUGCUGGCGAAGGGACAGACAUUAACUUCUGGAUCCAAGCUGGAGUGCCUGGCGCCAGUCUACUUGACGACUUAUAUAAAUACUUCUCCUUCCAUCACUCCCACGGAGACACCAUGACCGCCAUGGACCCGAAGCAGAUGAACGUGGCUGCUGCUGUUUGGGCUGUGGUAUCUUACGUCGUGGCGGACAUGGAGGAAAUGCUGCCUAGGUCCUAG